CCUUCACCUUCAUUCAUUAUACCUGGGGCAUAUACACAGCAAAUAACCUUUGAACUUCACUCUCAAACCUCCUCGGAAUUCGCAAACUAUUGUCACUCAUACAGAGACUCAUCACUCGUCGUCAGUAGCAGUUUCUGGCUCUGUCACUGCAGACACACAGAAAGGAUAGAGGCGAAAAAUGGCGGGUUUUGCUCCACUGAGAGAGACUUCAUCACCAGGCAUAGAAAUUUCUGAAGAAUGGUCAGUUGCUGCAGACAACAUAUCAAAAAGUUUCACAUCACUAGCUCCUAUUGUCUUCAUAUGCGGCGCUAAAAACAGUGGCAAGACCACUUUCUCUCGUUACCUCCUCAACACUUUCCUUCCUAGAUACAAAAGAGUAGCUUACUUGGAUACAGAUGUUGGACAGCCAGAGUUCACCCCUCCGGGAUGUCUAUCACUUACCAUAAUUGAUGAAGCAACUCCAGACUUAACUAUCCCUUGUCUGAAAACUCCUCUAAGAUGCUAUUUCUUUGGAGAUGUUUCUUCAAAAAGGGAUCCUGAAACCUACUUGAAUUGUAUAUUUGCACUGUAUGAUCACUACAGCAAGGACCUACAGGUUUCAAGUAAGAAUGCGAGCACUGGUGCAGCUGACCUUCCUCUUAUUAUUAACACGCCUGGCUGGGUGAAAGGUCUUGGUUUUGAUAUACUGGUUGAUAUGUUGAAACACAUGGCUGCAACACAUGUGGUCAAGAUAAAUAUAUCUUCUGUGCGUAAGAAUUUACCUGAUGGGGCAUUCUGGUUGGAUGAGCUUGAUGAAAGUUCCGUUAAGUUGGUGGAGAUGACUUCUGCUCGCAAGGAUUCUUACAACCGAUCGGUGUUGGUGCAAAAGGAAGCACGUCUUAUAAGAGAGCUACGAUUGAUGGCUUACUUUAGGCAGUGCUUUCCGAGUAAUAUGGGUAUCACCACCAUCAAAGAACUCUCCCUUGCAUUAGCCUCUCUCACCCCUUACCAAGUCCCAAUAUCAAGUAUCAAAAUUAGGCAUCUUCAUUGUGAGGUACCAAAUUCUGAAGUCUUCUAUAGUUUGAAUGCAACCAUAGUUGGAUUGGCUGUUAGCUGUGCAGACUCACAAUCUCUGCCUGUCUGCGUUGGCCUUGGUAUCGUGAGAGGCAUUGAUACAUUGAAGAACGUGAUCUAUUUGAUCACACCUGUUCCACAGAAAAUUCUAACUGGUGUAGAUAUUCUCCUGCAAGGAUAUAUUCAGAUCCCUACUGGUUUGUUGCAGGUACAAGGUUGUGUAUCUCCUUACAUGUCUGCAAACGUCGUCCAAACAAACUAGCUGAUAAAGAGCCAAGUGACCGUAGGCACGGAAAAUUUGUUAACGUACCACGUUGGAUAUUGUUCGGGUCAAAAUAUUGACUCGAAUAUAUAUUUGACGAUCAAUUAAACUUGAUUAAUUUGGGUGAAUAAAAUAAUUUAGCCCAUUUAGUUAUUUUAAUUGAAUUCAUUUAUUUUAAUGGUAAAUACCCAACAAAAACGGGUUAAAACUA